AACUCUCCACCCUCCCCCCUCUCGUCCCUUUCUGUUACACUCCACAAACAAAUCCAACCGCACAAAACUCAGCGAAAAAAAAUCAUUUUCAUCCCCAUCUCUUAAUCUCUUUUUUAUUCCCUAUUAUCCCGAAAAAAAUCCACCCACACACAACCACUUGCUUGAAACGCACUAUGUAAGUGACAACUCUCUCUCUAUCUAUCUCCAAAAUCAACAGACUGAGAGGCAUUGGAGUGGCCAGCUAUGGGAACUGGAAUGUCAAAGGACGCAGACGGCAGCUCCCACGGAAGCGAAGAAGGAGAAGAAAAUCUAGACCAUGCAGGAGGUCAACUGUAUGUUUCUCUUAAAAUGGAGAAUCUUCAACUUAAGGGCGAACUUAUCCCUCAUGUCUACGGUUCCGUGCCACUUGUUGGCUCUUGGGAUUCUUCUAAAGCUCUUUCCAUGGAACGUGAAUCGGCUUCAAUGUGGGAAUUAAGCUUUGUCGUUCCACCUAAUCACGAAACUUUGGAUUUCAAAUUCCUGUUGAAGCCAAAGCACAGUAAUGCCCCUUGUGUGGUCGAGGAGGGUCCAAACCGGCUACUCACCGGGGGGACAUUGCAAGGGGAAUCGAGGCUGGCGGUGUUCAAGAAUGGUGAUGAGAUUCUGGAGUGUAGGGUGUUUAUUAAAGCUGACAGAGUUUCACCUUUUGAUCUUGCGGCAAGUUGGAGAGCUUAUCAGGAGAAUCUCCAGCCUUCAACUGUUCGUGGAAUUCCUGAUGUUAGCAUCAAUUCCACGCCAAUGGUAGAAGCUGAGAACGGCUCUUCGGCUAGCUUGGAGCUUGAUCUUGAACAUUAUGUUGUCCCAGCUCCAUCAAUUUCUGCAAACUCUGCUUUGGUGUAUGCAGCUAACAAUGCGGAGAAUCCAAGGUUUUCCAAUGUUGAUGGCCCAGGCAAUGCUUCAUUUUCCUACAAGGAUAGUGUUGUUUCUGCAGAUCGACCUGCAACUAUAAAGCAAAUGGAGGUUGUUAUCCCAGAUCCAUCCAAAAUUUAUUCUGGUUCUGGGAUGGUCGAAUCAAAAUCAGUGGGGACAUUUUCACCUCUGCAAAAGCAAGAUGGUCACAGGGGACUCUUUGUGGAUAGGGGUGUUGGAUCUCCUAGGCUAGUUAAAUCAUCAAGUUCUAGCGCAUUUUCUUCCAGUCUCAAACUGGACACCGAAACCAAGAACUCAAUGCCAGCAGCUGCUGGAGCUGUUACAGCUGCAGCAGUGGCCGAUCAGAUGCUUGGACCAAAGGAGGAUAGACAUUUGGCGAUCGUUCUGGUUGGUUUACCUGCUCGAGGCAAAACUUUUACUGCAGCUAAACUUACAAGAUAUCUUCGUUGGUUGGGUCAUGAUACCAAGCACUUUAAUGUUGGAAAGUAUCGGCGCCUUAAGCAUGGAUCUAAUCAGUCUGCUGACUUUUUCCGAGCUGACAACCCUGAAGGAAUGGAGGCACGAAAUGAGGUAGCAGCACUGGCAAUGGAUGAUAUGAUUUCCUGGAUGCAAGAAGGUGGCCAGGUAGGAAUAUUUGAUGCCACAAACAGUAACAGGAAAAGAAGGAAUAUGCUGAUGAAAAUGGCUGAAGGAAAGUGCAAGAUUAUUUUCUUGGAGACACUGUGCAAUGAUGAACGCAUAAUUGAAAGAAAUAUACGUCUCAAAAUUCAACAAAGCCCUGACUACGCAGAACAGCCAGAUUUCGAAGCUGGAUUGCAAGACUUCAAAAGUCGGCUAGUCAAUUAUGAGAAGGUUUAUGAGCCAGUAGAAGAAGGGUCUUAUAUCAAAAUGAUUGAUAUGGCCAGUGGACAUGGUGGACAAAUACAAGUUAACAAUAUCAGUGGCUACCUGCCUGGGCGAAUUGUUUUUUUCUUGGUGAAUACACACCUUACACCACGCCCAAUAUUACUUACCAGGCAUGGAGAGAGUCGGGAUAAUGUUAGAGGUAGAAUUGGUGGUGAUACUGUAUUGAGUGAUGCUGGAGAAAUUUAUGCAAAGAAGCUCACUAACUUUGUCGAGAAACGACUGAAAUCUGAAAAGGCAGCAUCUGUCCCAUGACUUCCAUCAAGUUCAUCUUCAUCAACACCCUUCAUAUAAACAAGUGGUUAUAUAGAUGGAAUUUAAGGAACAGGUCUAAGGUAAAGUUGGCCCCGGGAUAAGUCUCUAAACAUGUUCCUCUUCUCUUUGCGAUUCUUGUUUGUGCCUCCCAUCAACCAAAAUACAUCUUUUUUAUCAAAUGAAUACUCAUAGUCAUACUGACCACGAGGAUUUGCAUGAACUGGUUUAAUGACAGGUUGGCUGCGGAUGUUAUCCCCAUUGUGUGCCUCUCCUUUCCUAGUUCAUGCUUGCACGCAACCUUAGUGCUUUAAGCCUGGUUGUAAGGUCAUAAACUCUGGUAUUGAUGUCGCUAAAUCCAGUUUGCAUUUGCCCCUCUAAGGCUGUUAUCGUUACUGAAUGGCGAUUUAGUUGAUCCUAAACAGCCUACACCCCCUAAUCACCUUCACAAAAAUGGUUGUCACUCCACAAUUCUCUUCACGAUUCACCAUUGAUUCAAAUGUUGACUCACGCUGAUACCACAUGACACAGCGUAUAUUAAGAUAAAAUUAGAGUUUUCAAGCUCUAAGGUUACAGAUUAUAAUUGAAGAGAAAUCUAUAGAAAAAUCUCUGGUAUUUUUAUUGAAUCUAAAUAAUAAUAUUGAUCUCCAUUAAAUAAACUAGACAUCCCUAAUUAUAUUAAUCCUAAAAUCUUUUAUAGGAAAUGAUUUCUAAUUAAAACUUAAUUAAUAGAAUCCAUUUAGCAUUAAGAUUUCUAAAUAGUAAAAUACUAAUUAAAUUAAAAUUUCUAAGUUAAACAGGAAACAAAUAAUUAAACUUUAAAAUUAACUAGGAAAAUAAUUAAAACAUGAAAACUAAAUUCAAGCUUUAUAUCAGAUGUUUUUGGGUUUCUUUGUGGACUUCUUUUCAGGCUUGACCUUGUCAACUGAAAACUAAACUCUUGGGAUAAUUGUUCUACAUCACCUAUUAUUUUUAUCAUGCAACUUGCAACUCAUUACAGUUUCUUCACAAUUUAGCUCUUCUUCUUCCAUCUUCCUUUCCCUUUUCUUUUCAUUUAUUUGGGAAGUAGGAACGAUGAUUAAUUUGUUUAUCCCUUCGAAUAUCAGUUCAAGUUUGGCCUUUUCUUUGCUUAAUGCUUUGAUGUUUUGUGUCAAUGAGCACACCAGGGUUCUAGUUUGUAGUCCAAGUUCAACUUAUCAUAAUUGCCUACUGUUUUUAUCAUUCUAGUUGUGACUCUCUGCAACUUACUACAGUUUCUUUACAAUUUAGUCCUUUUUCCUCUUCUCUUUUUUGCUUUGGGAAGUUGGAACACUGAUUUCACUUUUAAUUAUUUAAUUUAUUCCAUGGAAAUUCUGUCAAGUAGAGUGUGUUUAGAAUGAGCCAUAUGAAUUCUUAUGA